GAAAUGCCUGGACAGCAGCAAAACCAGCUGAUUUCAAUGUGAAAUAAGCAAAUUAAGUUCACUGCAACGUGCUCUCCCCGGACAAUGAGAUGUCUGUCAUCACAGGCACAUUGAUUCCAGCUCAGCCCACAGGGAUAGACUUCCUGAAGUCAUCCAAUACCCUGAUAGUGACAGACAACUAUGGUGUCACCACAGACCAGAUCUACCUCACCACCUUCAAGAAGGACUUCAGGACCUCCGGCCACCUCCCCAAAUGUGGCAGUCUUCCCUGCCCCAAGCCCGCCCAGAUGCAGCACAAGGACCGCUCCAUCCUGGAGCGCUGCCCUGAGGCCCUGAGCUCAUACACACGCCCCCAGCUGCAGGCCAUCCACCGCAUACCAGCCUGGGCCAAGCUGUGCACCAACCUGAGAAUGCACGCGGACCGGCGCCAGGCCACCUUCUGCACCACCCAGGCUGAGGGUUACAAGCGGCACCCCUCCCACUCCGCCGCCAAGCUUGCACGCCCCACCGUGGCUAUUCAGAAAUGCACCGGAGAUCGGAAGCUGCCCCAGACCACACACAGAGAGACUUUCCCUGCCUUCAUAGCGCUGCCUGUGGUCAAAGCACCGGUCAAACACCUCGGAGGAGAGCCGACCAUCAGCGGAGACUAUGACAGGCUGUACUUUAGCACCCAUCACAAGGACACCUUCCAGGGCAGAUGGGCCCCCCCUCUUGCUCCAGUGGAGAAGCAUUUCCGCUCCUCUCUGGCGAUGGGUGACCCAGACAAGCUGGUGGAGAGGGAGACCACGCAUGCUGCCACCUUCGGGCCCCCCGAGCCCCCCCGGCCGGAGGGAGCGAUGGUGCGACUAAAGGUUAAUCUUGGGGACAGUGAAAACAAAUGGGUGUCGACCACAGCUGAUGCGUAUCGCAGGGUUAAGACAGAGGGUGUGCGGCAUGUGCAGAAGAUUCCGACCCAGAGUUCUAUACCCAGGGGAGAUUUAGACCCACAGCGGAACCAGGCCCGAAUGAUGGCCACCACAAACAGAUUCUUCUUCUCAAAGGGAAACCACAGGGAGCUCCCCUCACAUGUGGAUGGAUCCUGCCUCAUAACCAGGAGUAAUGUGCAGUUUGGUCCGCCCAGUUUGGGAAGGAAGUCCUACAACACCUCCUCCAGCGAUGAUUACCCCAGGAAAGCGGCGGCCCGGGUCCUGCCCCACACACAACCCUCUGGGCGCGUGCUCUCUGGCCCUGAGCAUGAACCUGCCGUCACAACAGUGCAGAGAGACUACCGUCCUUCAAAUGGAAAAAGACAGGAGCUGCACCCCAGACAGUUAAAACAGGUUAAGGAGAGCCACAUCAGUCCCCCCUGUAAGGAGCACCUCUUCAGCACAACCCACAAUGAGGCCUAUACACUCGUGCCUCUCUCCAGCAAAUCACUGAUAGACACACACAGCCAUCUGUACAGCCACGUACCCAUGUAGAAACACACACACUCAAACACUGUUCUUACUUACUGUUAACUUUCAAACAAAUAAACUAAUGUUGUUGCUCUCA